AUGAGCCAGAUAUCGCUGAAGGAACGCCGCCUCCUGCGCACACCCAAGUGCGCCCGCUGCCGCAACCACGGCGUCAUCUCGUGCGUCAAGGGCCACAAGAAGCUGUGCCGCUGGCGCGAGUGCUGCUGCCCCAACUGCCAGCUGGUCGUCGAUCGCCAGCGGGUGAUGGCCGCCCAGGUGGCCCUGCGCCGCCAGCAGACAAUGGAGGCCCUGGAGGCGUCCGCCCAGGUCCAGCAUUCGCAUCCAGCCACCGCAUCCAGCAGCGAGGGCGAGGAUUCCUUAGCUUCAACGUCGCCACCACCUGUACGAGCGCUACCUUCAGCAGCAGCCUCCACAUCCUCCACAUCCUCCACAUCCACUUCCUCGUCAGCCACGCGCCAGGCACUGAUUACCCAGAAAAGGAUCUACAAGCAGCGACUGCGCAACCUGCAACAGUCCACGUUGCACAUAACAGCAGCCAUGGAAGAGUACAAGCAAAGGUUUCCCACGUUCAGUUCUCCGCUGAUGGAGCGAAUGCGCAAGCGACGCGCGUUCGCUGAUCCGGAACUCAACUACGCCAUGGAGGCGACGCUGGGCGGUAACGCCCUCUAUGCCGCUGCCGCUGCUGCUGCUGCUGCUGCCAUGCAUCAAUCGGGGCCGCCGCCAUUCACAGCCUCCAACACCAUCGCAGCCGCCGUCACGACAACGCCCAUGCCGCCCGCACACGCCUCGGCGAAGAAGCCUAAGCUGAGCUUUUCAAUUGAGUCAAUAAUGGGCAUUAGCACGUAG